AUGUUUCAGUCUAAGUUGAAACGUGAAGCUGUUCAUACAAAGAUUUACGUUGUUUAUCUUUUUACACAUCUUUUUAUAAAUUUCGUGAAGGGCGCUACAUUAGAUAACAAACCACCAAAUGUUAUCAUAAUAAUGGCAGACGACAUGGGAUUCAACGACGUAAGUUUCCACGGAUCCAAUCAAUUUCUCACACCAAAUAUCGAUGCCUUGGCAUAUCACGGCGUCAUUCUGAACAAUCACUACACAGCACCUCUGUGCACGCCAUCCCGCAGUUCCUUCAUGACCGGCAAAUAUCCCUUUAACAUUGGCAUGCAACAUUUAGUGAUUAUAUCUGACGAGCCAUGGGGACUUCCGUUGAACGAGAAAUUGCUUCCGCAAUACUUCAAGGAGGCCGGUUACAGUACGCAUUUAGUGGGGAAAUGGCAUUUGGGAUUCUACAAAGAAGUUUAUUCGCCAACUCACCGAGGAUUUGAUUCGCAUUUCGGAUAUUUGGGACCACAUAUUGAUUACUAUACGCAUCGAAUUUGGUAUGCGGAUAGAGAAUAUGAACAUGCUUUGGAUAUGCGAUCGAAUUUGGAAGUAAACUAUACAGUUGAAGGCAGAUAUGCGACGAACCUGUUGACAAGUGCAGCAAUCGAUGUUAUUGAUAAUCACAAAGGAGAUAAGCCGUUAUUUUUGAUGUUGAAUCAUUUGGCGCCUCAUGCCGGAAAUGAGGAUGAUCCCUUCCAAGCACCGGAGGAAGAGAAACAGAAGUUUUCGUAUAUUAAGGAUCCAAAUAGGAGAAAUUUAGCAGCUGUUUUAUCAAUUUUGGACAGUGAAAUUGGUCGCCUAAUGCAAAAACUAGAAGAGAAAAAUCUACUCGAGAACAGUAUCGUUGUCUUUUUCUCCGACAAUGGAGCUCCCUCAGAAGGCAUUCACGGAAAUGCUGGCUCUAAUUUCCCUUUCAGAGGCCAAAAGAACACUCCCUUCGACGGAGGCGCUAAAACCCCUGCUCUCAUCUGGAGUCCUCUCCUAAAAUCCCCAAAUCGAGUCUUUGACGGCCUCUUUCACGUCAGCGAUUGGCUUCCAACUCUCUUACAUGCCAGUGGCUUUCCUGUCAACCUUUCAUCCAUCGAUGGCGUCAACCAAUGGGACUCAAUUUCAACAAACUCCCCACCGAAACGUCACGAGCUCGCAAUAAACAUCGACGAAAAAUUCGGAUAUUCCGCAAUUAUUGCUGAUCAGUUCAAACUUGUCAAUGGAACUAUCUUUAAAGGAACUUACGACCAUUGGAUGGGAAAUUUAAACUUAUCAGAAGCGACAAAUUUGGAUUAUAGCCAAUCAAUUCUCGAUUCUGUCACUUUCAAAAUUUUGCAAAAUCAUUCAGAAUCUAUUCCUAACAUCGCCGCUACUCGAGAAAAUUCGAUUGUGAGAUGUCCUCUUACCACAGGUCGAAAUUGUGAUCCCUUAGUUGCUCCCUGCCUCUUCGACCUUCAUCAAGAUCCGUGCGAAAGAAACAAUCUCGCUGCCACAAAGCCACAUAAAUUAUCCCAAUUGCUCGGUCGAGUGAAGGAGUAUCAGAGGAAAAUGGUUCCCCUGGGUAACAAGCCACUGGAUCCGAUUUCCAAUCCGAUAUAUCGGAACAAUACGUGGGGAUGGUGGGUAGCGACGACCAACGAAGAUCGCCAAAUACUCGAAAAUGUUCGGAACAGCGUCAAAUUGGAAAUUGAUUUGAUACGACGACAAACGUUCGGCUUGAAACAAUGGAUUACGACAGCAAUUUUAAUUACUCUCACGGGGCUUUGUUUGGCUUUCUACUGCGUUUGUUCGGCUUACCGCAAAAAUCGGUAUCGCCGAGAAGUGAAUCUGUAAUUUUUUUUUAGCAAAUAAAUCAAAA